CCGUGACGCUCUUCAUGUGCUCGUUUCUGGUAGUUUACGAUUGUUGUAUCCAUCAGCGUCUCAAUGUAAAUAAGCAGCCGGAGCGAGUGUGUUGAUGUGUGGCUGUCGGAGAGAAACUGCAGCGCGCUCUUCAGUGUGUUACAGGAUUGUAGGUGCAUAAAGCAAACCUGCUGCGUAAAUCUACACAGAGAGACGCGGUAUUGUGUCAUAUAGAGAAAACCAGAGGAGCUCUGCCACGGAAAGGUAUCCAGUAUCAGUCGUAGCCACAUCCUAAAGCCGAUCCAUUGAAGACCACCCUGAUCAAAGGCAGAUUCUGUAGUCUUGCAUGAAUGUGAGAGGAUGCAUAAGACUGUCGAAGGGUCCGAUCAAAGCGUGCACUGACCCGAGACGCCGGUCAACAUCAGGUAUCCAUGAGGACCGAACAGGAAGGAGAUGGAAGCGGUCGCUCGUAGCGGUAUACCUUACACACUGUGGUUUCGGCGUUGAGAAUAAACCCUUGUGCUCGCGUUUGGCCUCUCAGUCCUGUCCCGCUGUGUUCUGCCAUUCAAGCAUGGGGCACACUGUGGAUUUAGCUUUGAGAAGGAUGUGGCUCUUCGGUGUUCUGUCCCUGUUCACGGGCAGCCUGGGCAUCCACAUGGAUUCGGUGGGCAGUCACAGCAUGUUCACCUGCGAGUCCAUCGGCCUCCGAAUGUGCCAGGAUCUUCCCUACAACACCACCUUCAUGCCCAACCUCCUCAACCACUACGACCAGCAGACCGCCGCUCUGGCCAUGGAGCCCUUCCACCCCAUGGUGAACCUGCAGUGCUCUCCAGACCUCAGGACGUUCCUGUGUGCCCUGUAUGCGCCCGUGUGUAUGGAGUACGGACGGGUGUCUCUGCCGUGCCGGAGCCUGUGCACGCAUGCCAAGAGAGACUGCCAGAAGCUCAUGGACAUGUUUGGAGUCACCUGGCCAGAGGAGAUGGAGUGCAGCAGGCAGCUCCAGUGGAGUUCAUUUUUCUCCCAGACUGCUGCCAGAGCCAAGCUGUGUCCCUUCCACCCCAUGGUGAACCUGCAGUGCUCUCCAGACCUCAGGACGUUCCUGUGUGCCCUGUAUGCGCCCGUGUGUAUGGAGUACGGACGGGUGUCUCUGCCGUGCCGGAGCCUGUGCACGCAUGCCAAGAGAGACUGCCAGAAGCUCAUGGACAUGUUUGGAGUCACCUGGCCAGAGGAGAUGGAGUGCAGCAGGUUCCCAGACUGUGAUGAGUCUUACCCUCGUGCUGUAGAUCUGCUCGUGAACGAGGACCCCACUGACCAGUCGUCCAUGUCCGUUCAGCGUGACUAUGGCUUCUGGUGCCCCCGCGAGCUCAAAGUGGAGCCCGAGCUCGGCUACACGUUUCUCAGUGUGCGCGACUGCUCCCCUCCCUGUCCCAACAUGUACUUCCGGCGCGAGGAGCUCACCUUCGCCCGCUACUUCAUUGGCGUCGUCUCCAUCGUCUGCCUCUCGGCCACGCUCUUCACCUUCCUCACCUUCCUCAUCGACGUCACACGCUUCCGCUACCCAGAGCGGCCCAUCAUCUUCUACGCCGUCUGCUACAUGAUGGUUUCGCUGGUGUUUUUCCUGGGCUUUCUGCUGGAGGAUCGUGUAGCGUGUAACGCAUCCAAUCCCAGCCAGUACAAAAUGUCCACAGUGACUCAAGGCUCGCAUAACAAGGCCUGCACGCUGCUUUUUAUGGUGCUGUACUUCUUUACCAUGGCGGGAAGUGUUUGGUGGGUCAUCCUUACCAUCACCUGGUUCUUGGCUGCUGUUCCCAAAUGGGGCAGCGAAGCCAUCGAGAAGAAGGCGUUGCUCUUCCACGCCAGUGCGUGGGGAAUACCUGGCAUGCUAACCAUAACCCUGCUGGCUCUGAAUAAAAUCGAGGGUGAUAACAUCAGUGGCGUGUGUUUUGUGGGCCUGUACGAUGUUCACACUCUUCGCUGGUUCGUGCUGGCGCCGCUCUGUCUGGACGUCCUGGUGGGAGUGUCGCUGCUGCUGGCCGGGAUCGUAGCGCUCAACAGGGUCCGAAUGGAGAUUCCUCUUGAGAAGGAGAAUCAGGACAAGCUGGUGAAGUUCAUGAUCCGGAUCGGCGUGUUCUCGGUGCUGUAUCUGGUGCCGCUGCUGACCGUGGUGGGCUGUUACCUGUAUGAACAGACAUACCGCUCUAUUUGGGAGACCACAUGGGUGCAGGAGCGCUGCAGAGACUACCAUAUACCCUGCCCAUUCCAGGUGGAGCAGACCAGCAGGCCUGACCUCGUCCUGUUCCUCAUGAAGUACCUGAUGCUGCUGGUGGUUGGGAUCCCGUCGGUGUUCUGGGUGGGCAGUAAGAAGACCUGCUUCGAGUGGGCCGGCUUCUUCCAGGGCCGCAGGCGGAAAGAGUGA